GCUCCGGAACGUAUGGUUCGGUGAAAGAGGCGGUUAAGACGACAACGGGUCAAAAAUGUGCUAUAAAAGUAAUUGAAAAACGAAAAGUCAGAAACCAUGAAUCAAUGGUCACGAAAGAAAUGACUAUACUACACGGUUUGGACCAUCCGAAUGUGGUGAAGUUUUAUGAUUGGUUUGAAUCUAGGGAUAAAUAUUACCUGGUAUUUGAGCUUGCUACAGGUGGUGAAUUAUUUGAUAGACUAAUUGAACGCGGUAAAUUCACCGAGUCUGAUGCUGCAAAUGUUAUUAGAACGGUAGUUGAAGCUGUCAAGUAUCUUCACGAACAUUAUAUUGUACACAGAGAUUUGAAACCCGAGAAUUUACUGUACAAAAAUAGAAACGAAGAUUCACCACUUGUCAUCGCUGAUUUUGGCAUCUCCAAGGUAAUAUCUGAUGAAGACGACAUAAUGACGACUCAUUGUGGGUCACCUGGCUACGUAGCACCCGAAAUCCUAAAAAGAAUGCCGUAUACUAAGUCGGUUGAUUUAUGGAGCAUUGGACUUUGUGGAUACCCUCCAUUCCGUUCGGAGGAUCGUGCGGCACUCUAUGAGGAGAUUACCAGUGGGCGUGUUAGAUUUGAAGCUCGGUUCUGGAGAAAUGUUUCAGAUGAUGCUAAAGACUUUAUCACAAGUCUUCUCGUACUAGACCCGAAUAGGCGUUUAACUGCUGAACAAGCCCUCACUCACAAAUGGUUGUCAAGCGAUAAU